AUGUCAGCUGCUGAGACUAAUCAACUCCAAGAGUCUUUGGAGAAAUUGAAUAUCGACUCAUCCUCCACUGCUCCUGCUGAAACCAAACCAGCAGUCGAGUCCGAUGCUCCAGCUGGUGCUGCUCCUGCUGAACCUUCUUCUGAAGAACAAGGUGAAUUAGGUGGUGUUGCCGAAAACUCAGCCUCGUUGUACGUUGGAGAAUUAAACCCAUCAGUCAAUGAAGCAACCCUUUUCGAAAUUUUUUCUCCUAUUGGUCAAGUUUCAUCAAUUAGAGUUUGUCGUGAUGCUGUUUCGAAGAAAUCUUUGGGUUAUGCUUAUGUCAACUACCACAAAUUCGAAGAUGGUGAGAAAGCCAUUGAUGAAUUGAACUACAGUCUCAUUGAAAAUAGACCAUGUCGUAUCAUGUGGUCUCAAAGAGAUCCAUCGGCAAGAAGAUCCGGAGAUGGAAACAUCUUUAUCAAAAACUUGCAUCCAGCUAUUGACAACAAGGCCUUGCACGAUACCUUUUCAGCAUUCGGUAGAAUUUUGUCAUGUAAAGUUGCUACUGAUGAUUUGGGGCAAUCUAAAUGCUUUGGUUUUGUUCAUUACGAGACUGCGGAAGCUGCUGAAGCUGCCAUUGAAAACGUUAACGGUAUGUUAUUGAAUGACCGUGAGGUAUAUGUUGGUAAACACGUGUCAAAGAAGGACCGUGAAUCUAAAUUCGAAGAGAUGAAAGCAAACUACACAAACAUCUAUGUGAAGAACAUUGACUUGGAAUUCUCUGAAAAAGAAUUUGAAGACUUAUUUGCUCCAUAUGGUAAGAUUACUUCCAUUUAUUUGGAAAAGGAUCAAGAUGGAAAAUCCAAAGGUUUUGGUUUCGUCAACUACGAGGAGCACAAAUCUGCCGUUGAAGCUGUUGAAGCUUUGAACGACAAGGAAAUUAAUGGUCAGAAGAUCUACGUUGGUAGAGCUCAGAAGAAGAGAGAAAGAACUGAAGAGUUGAAGAAACAAUACGAAGCUAUUAGAUUGGAGAAGUUGUCCAAAUACCAAGGGGUUAACUUAUUUGUCAAGAACUUGGAUGAUCAAAUCGAUUCCGAAAAGUUAGAAGAAGAAUUUAAACCAUUUGGAACCAUUACUUCUGCUAAAGUCAUGGUUGAUGAUGCUGGUAAAUCUAGAGGAUUUGGCUUUGUUUGUUUCAGUACUCCAGAAGAAGCUACUAAAGCUAUCACUGAAAUGAACCAAAGAAUGGUCAAUGGAAAGCCAUUGUACGUUGCUUUGGCUCAACGUAAGGAUGUUAGACGUUCUCAAUUGGAACAACAAAUCCAAGCAAGAAAUCAAAUGAGAAUGCAAAACGCUGCUGCUGCUGCUGGAUUCCCAGGUCAAUUUAUGCCUCCAAUGUACUAUGGUCAACAAGGUUUCUUCCCACCAGGUGGUAGAGGAAAUGCUCCAUUCCCAGGACCAAACCCACAAAUGAUGAUGAGAAGAGGUCAGCCAGGUCAACCAUUCCCAGAACAAUGGCCAAGACCAGGAGGACCUAACGGUCAACCAGUCCCAGUUUACGGUAUUCCACCACAAUUUCCAGACCAAAGAGCUCAACAACAGCAACAACAGCAACAACAAAGAGGUUAUUAUCCAGGACAAGCCGGUGUUAAAGUUCCAGCUAAGGAUUUAGCUGCUAUCAUUUCUAGUGUUCCACCAGAACAGCAAAAGAGAAUUUUGGGAGAAGAAUUAUACCCAAGAAUUGUUGCCACUGGAAAGGCCCAAGAACCUGAAGCUGCGGGUAAGAUUACUGGUAUGAUGUUGGGAUUAGAAAAUCAAGAAAUUUUGGAUUUGUUGGAUGAUGAUGAAUUAUUCAACAACCACUUUGAAGAUGCUUUAACUGCAUAUGAAGAGUACAAAAAGUCUGAAGCUGGAGUUGCUGCUAAUGAAGAAGCUUAA